GGUUUCCGGAGGCAGAACCCAGUUUGACUCGCUGUGCCGUUGGCGAAGCUGGGGAGGUGGCAAGGCUAGACGGGCCUGGCCUGGCGGUGCCGUGGCUGGCGAGCGGCUAGUUGGGCUCCGAGGGGAAAAAGAAGAAGCCUGGGGAAUUAAGAGGGGACUAGACCGGGAGAGGGUCUCUCGGCGGCGCCACCGCCACGAUGCUCAAUAUGUGGAAAGUCCGGGAGCUGGUGGACAAGGCCACCAAUGUGGUUAUGAAUUAUUCUGAAAUUGAGUCUAAGGUUCGAGAAGCAACCAAUGAUGAUCCAUGGGGACCUUCAGGACAGCUCAUGGGAGAGAUUGCCAAGGCUACUUUUAUGUAUGAACAGUUUCCAGAGCUUAUGAACAUGCUUUGGACACGAAUGUUAAAAGACAAUAAAAAGAACUGGAGGAGAGUUUAUAAGUCUCUGCUGCUGCUAUCUUACCUCAUAAGGAAUGGAUCAGAGCGUGUUGUUACAAGUGCCAGAGAACACAUUUAUGAUUUGCGAUCCCUGGAAAAUUACCACUUUGUAGAUGAGAAUGGCAAGGACCAAGGUAUAAAUAUACGCCAGAAAGUGAAAGAAAUGGUAGAAUUUGCCCAGGAUGAUGACAGACUUCGUGAAGAAAGGAAAAAGGCAAAGAAAAACAAAGAUAAAUAUGUUGGGGUUUCUUCAGACAGUGUUGGAGGAUUCAGAUACAGUGAAAGAUACGAUGCUGAGCCUAAGUCAAAAUGGGAUGAGGAAUGGGAUAAAAACAAAGGUGGAUUUCCUUUCAGCGAUAAAUUAGGUGAGCUGAGUGAUAAAAUUGGGAGCACAAUUGAUGACACCAUCAGCAAAUUUCGAAGGAAAGACAGGGAGGAUUCUCCAGAGAGAUGCAGUGAUAGUGAUGAAGAGAAGAAAUCCAGAAGAGGAAAAUCACCAAAAGGUGAAUUCAAAGAUGAGGAGGAAACGGUGACCACAAAACAUAUCCACAUUACACAAGCCACAGAGACCACCACAACCACCAGGCACAAACGCACGGCAAAUCCUUCCAAAACCAUUGACUUGGGAGCAGCUGCCCAUUACACAGGAGACAAAGAAAGUCCAGACCAGAAUGCCGGAGCUUACACUCCACAGUCAACAGCUAAGGUUUCUGGUAACAAGUCAUCCAAUGAUCUGGUUGAUCUUUUGUUCGAUGGUACAGACCAAUCUGUUUCAACAGGUGGCUCCACUGACCUCUUUGGAGGCUUUGCUGACUUCAGCUCGACUGCAGCUGCCUCCGCAAGUGGUCCCCCAUCACAAGGUACAAUUACAAGCGGGAAUGGAGAAUUCGGUGACUGGAGUGCCUUCAACCAAUCUGCUCCAUGCGCAGCUGCUCCAGCUGGAGAGCUCUUCACUAGUUCUGCUCAGCCAGCUGCUGAGCUCUUUGGCAGCUCUGGUCAGCAGGGUCUUGGUCAGUCUCCAGCUGCUGCAAGUUCUGGUGACAUGUUUGAUUUGAUGGGUACCUCCCAAGCCACAAUGACCUCUUCUCAAAGCAUGAAUUUCUCCAUGAUGGGCUCUAACACGGUCAGCAUUAAUCUACCUAUGUCAAGGUCACAGCCUUUGCAAAGUGUUAAUCCAAUGAUACAGAAGCCUAAUCCACUAUAUAAUCUGGGCACAGAGAUGGUCCCCAAAAAUGUAAGCAAAACUCUGCCUUCAACUUGGUCCGAUCCCAGUGUAAAUAUCAGUUUGGACAAUUUAGCUCCUGGUAUGCAGCCUUCAAAACCGCAGCAACCAUCACUGAACACAAUGAUUCAGCAACAGAAUAUGCAACAACCUAUGAAUGUGAUGACUCAGAAUUUUGCAACUUUGGGCCUCAACUCACCCCCCAGCAUGAUGCCUCUUCGACCUCCAGCAAACCCAUUGAUGGGCAACCCUGUUCCCGUGGGGAUGGGAAUGCCUACUACAAUGACUAGCACAAUGGGGAUGGCUUCCAUAGGAGGCCCUAACCCUAUGAUGAACCAGGGCAUGAUGGGAAUGAAUGUGAACAUGGCAAUGCCAACUUCUGGAAUGGGUUUGUCGGGUACAAUGGGCAUGGGAGUUCCUAAUAUAGCUGUGGCAUCCUCUAUGACUCCUGGAACUGUGCAACCUAAGCAAGAUGCCUUUGCCAACUUUGCCAAUUUUAGCAAAUAAAGAUUAUAAACCAAUCAGAUCGAAUGAAGGAUUUUAGCUGCACAAAUAAAGCUGGGAUGAGGGUGGAAAAUGCUGAUCAAAUGCUUUUUUUUUUUUCCCCUUCUUUUUAUUGCUUAUUUUAAAGGAAUCCACAUACGAAUCCAAAGGUCAUUCUUUUUGAACUCUAAAACUACUUUUGUUCAAGUUUUGGAAUUGAAUGUUCUUCCAGUGAAUUGACACUGCAAUGUCUAGGCCAUGUUUUAUAAUGGGACAAUUCAAAGCUUUUCUGGUAGCAGCAACAGUUUUAACUUUGAAACUUAUGGGAAGAAUGGAAUUUGGGGGUAAAUACGUGUGAAACUAAUUUUAUACUUGAUUUCUUUUUCCCCCAUUGGAAUCUGUUUUAUCUUAAUUGGAUCCAUUCCUUUUCCUACCACUGAGUCAAAUUUGAAGUCAAAGUAUGCUGAUCAAUUUUUUAUAAGAAUAUAUAUAUAUAUAUAUUUUUGUCCAAAAAUGGCUUACAAAUAUGUGAUUAUGGCUAAUUCAAAGAGACCUGGAAUGUAUAUAUACUUUUGCUACUCUUCCAGCAAUGCUGCUGUACUAUCCAAAUUUUUAUUAUCGACCUCUUUGAGCAAUUUGCCUACGAAUAAAGCUGGGGCAGGAAGGGAUGGAUGUUCCUUCCAGGUUCUGCUAUAUAAUAUUCAACGCAGGACUGGUGGAAACAUUCUCCAGAACUGCUACAUGGUUUCCUUUUGGAGAACUUUUUAUGUAUAAUUUGGAAUUCUUUUAAAAUUGUUUUCUGCAGUUCUGCAUCAGUGGCCAGUGGCAUAUUACCUAGCAUUCUCUGGGGUUAUUGUUUACAUCACAGAUAGUCUAAAGGCAGCAAUGUUUAUUCAUUCUUUCUUUCUUGCAACUUUACAUACACACAAAAAAACGACAGGAUGACUGUCUUUUAAGUUAAUGGUAAUCAUCUUCAAACAUUUUGUCAAGCCAAUAGCAUUAAAUUUUAGAUUUUAUACAAUUGUUGGCUUUGUUUUAUGUAAAUAUGGCCUUAGCAAUUGCAGAAUCCAAUAGAGCGGAGUUAAAUAUAUAUAAAUAUAUAUAUAUAUUAUUAUUAUUAAAGGAAACCUGUAGCAGUCAGAUUUUAUGAAUCAAAUGAAAAUAAAAGAAGUGAAUGAAUGAAUGAAAGAUUUUUUUUCCUUUACCUGUUGAAAAGAAAGCCUCCAUUUAGAUUCACCCACAUAUCAUGAUUUUGGAUCUGGCAUUGCAGAAGUUCAAUUUAUGUUUGCAAAGUCAGGGCUGCUACUAAAAUAAGUACUAUAUUCUAGGUAUUAAAACUUCAUUGCUUCCCCCUUUCUUCUGUUGGUUACUUUAUUUUUUUAUUGUUCCUAUCAAAUUGAUUAAAAUUUAUUUCCAUUGUACUCAUAAUGUUCUGUUAUGCAUAACAUUAAAGUGUUCAUUAAAAGCA